CGUUCAUCCUCUCCUCUCCUCUCCUCUCCUCUCCUCUCCGUCCUUGUCUGUCCGUAUUUGUAUUUGCGUGUGAGAGGCGAGCGAGAAAACGGGAGUAGGAAGCUGCAGAGGCGCCCCUCACGGCAGCAUCUCAACAGUUAAAUGUUAAUUUAUCAGUCACCCCUGUGAGUACGCGCACACACGCACAUGGUAAGCCCAGUCUUCAUAAGCAGGCUGCCGCCGCUGGCACCUCGUUGUUCCUUCCCACUGAUCCUCCUGCUGCAGCGCAGAGCGGCUCGGAGAACAUGGCACUGGCCGACACGGAGCGCGCCGCGUCCGGCUGCGGGGACUCGGGCUCCCCGUUUUCAGAGAUCAUCGAGCUGAACGUCGGCGGGCAGGUGUACGUGACCAGGCACAAAACUCUGAUCGCCGUGCCGGACUCGCUCCUGUGGAACAUGUUCAGCAAGAAGUCCCCCAAGGAGCUGGCGAGAGACAGCAAGGGGCGCUUCUUCUUGGACAGGGACGGCUUCCUGUUCCGAUACAUCCUCGACUACCUGAGAGACCUGAACUUGGUCCUCCCGGACUACUUCCCGGAGAAGAGCCGCCUGCAGAGGGAGGCUGACUUUUUCUUGCUGCGGGACCUGGCUAAGCGCCUCAGCCCGCGGGUGAGUAAGGACAACUCGAUCAGCGAGGAGAUCAGCCAGAGCGACACGGAGGACGGCGCGCAGUGCUGCUCCUCCUCCGGGGAGCCGCUGCGCGCCCUGUCCGCCAGCGGGGCCAUGCGCUCACCGUCUCUGGACUCCAGAAAGUCCGGGUACAUCACCAUAGGAUACCGCGGCUCCUACACGAUCGGUAGGGACAUCCAGACCGACGCCAAGUUCCGGAGGGUGGCGCGCAUCACCGUGUGCGGGAAGACCUCUCUGGCGAAAGAGGUGUUCGGGGAGACGCUGAACGAGAGCAGGGACCCGGACAGGCCCCCGGAGAGGUACACCUCCCGCUACUACCUGAAGUAUAAUUUUCUGGAGCAGGCGUUUGACAAGCUGACAGAGGCGGGCUUUCACAUGGUGGCCUGCAGCUCCACGGGUACCUGCGCCUACACCAGCAACGAUCCAAACGAGGACAAGAUCUGGACAAGCUACACUGAAUAUGUCUUCUGUCGGGAAUAAUAAGCUCAUUCGUGCCAUUUCGAUGUAAAAAAAAAUGUACAUAGCAAAACAAAAUCUAGAAAGGACUGUCUUUUUGAAAAGUUCUUGUUCUGAAUUGUAGGGAACGAGUGGCAGAGAGAAAACUGAUUACUCGACUCGGAAAUAGAUUCUAGACACGGUUCUAACUGAAUUUCACCGAGAAAAUCAAUUUGAGUUUGUUAAUUGAGCAUCACAUGAGCAGUUGUGCCUCCAAAGUAUGGGAGGGGUGGGGGGGAGUGGUUAUCCUUAAAGAUGUUCAUUUUCCGGUGUCCAAACAACACGUGGGGGGUAUUUAGUUUCUCAUCUACACUCUGUAAAUUUAGGCCUUAACUUAGAAACGACAAAGGCACUCCUGAUUCUUCAAAAAUGAAAAGCACAAGUUGUUACAUUUAAGCAGAAAUAAACAAAUCUCUUUGUUUUGUUAUUUGUUCCAUAAAUGGGAAAUUAUAGUUUAGACCUGACAGAAAAGCUUUUAAGAGGGUUUCCUACUAUCUUUUUUUUUUCUUUUUUUUUUAAUAAUCCCACUCAAAGUAAGAAGAAAACCCUCCAAACCCAACAUAACACACCGUAAAGAGCUAGAGCAUUUCAAGCAAGGGGAUCAACAGGUAUUAACUUAUUUAGUGCAGAAAUUCAACGUUAAAUCAUGUUAAUAUUUCUCUGCUAUUUUUCAUAGAACAUAACUGCAUAUUUAUAUCAUUAUCCAGGUAAAUAUGUUGCCAUUUUAAUUUUUUAAAAAUAUAUAUAAAUAACACCAGUAUUUAAUAUUUUUUCUUACAUGUUGAAUUUAAUCUUCUCAAAAAUGUAAAGAUUACAAAUGUUUGUGUGUUUCAAUUAGAUGAGAUGCAUCGGAUGUGAAAAUGUUGAACGAGUUAAUGGAUAAUAAGAUUCAUCUUGGACUUGAGGCAAGUAACUUGAGACUUUGGCUGACCCCAUAGCAACUUGACUUGGACUUAAAGAUUAACGAGAUUUAUGGCAAAAGAUUUGAGACAUAGAUUUUUUUUGUGUGUGUGUGGCAUUAGUGGCCUUUGUUGACAGAGGAUGGGAAAGAGGCCAGAGAGAAACAGGUAGCCAUGCAGCCAAUGACCAGGUAUUGAACUCAGUGACGUGGAUUGUUACAUGGGGAACCUCCUCUAAUCGUUAACCCUUGAGGCUAGACUUGCAUUUGUCAUUAAUUUGAAAUUGCUCCUGAAAAACACCGGCUUUUGACUUAGACUUAGUCCUUAGUAGCUUGAGACAUGAUUCGGACUUGCUUCCCGUAAACUCAAGACUUAAUUUGGACUUGCCCCCCUAGGAUUUUGUCUUGGUCCUCUGUAACCUGAGAUUUGACUCAGACCUGCUCCUUAAAGACUUGGUACUUGACAAGGACUUGGAAGAAAUGACAUGUAACCAUUCCUGUCGUCUUUCAAAAACUUUCUGGAGGCGCCCCAGCGUUUGUGCUGGGGCACCUCCAUGGCACAAGCAGCCGCCAUCGUCUUCAUCGCCAUAUAGUCCCAGCUGAUUUAACGCUGAACUGAUUGAUGUCCAGGAGAGCUGACAGGCGGAGAUUAAUAUUAGGUGUCAAUGUACAUUCAGGGCUGAGUUGUUUGCCCAAGUUUUGUAGUGUCUUCUAGCAGUUUCUACCGCUGCAGUGACUGUAAAUGUAUACGUGGAAUGUCUGCUAUAUUUGUUACAGUGUUCAGACCUAAAUAAAGCCUUCUUCUCUUUUA